GCUUAAUUCAUUAAUAAAAAAACACAAAUCAAAACAAUCUGAUUUAAAUGAAAGAACAAAGACAAAAAUGACAAUUUGAAUAAAUCUACCAAGGAAACAUGUUUGAUGCCGUAGGUAUGGUAGGGAAUUUUGCUAGCUGGAGUUAUCUAUUUGGUACAUCAGACGACGAUUGGAUAGACAGAUUUAACCAUAUUUGGACUGUAACCAUAUUAGGACUUUUUUCUAUCGUUAUAACCUCUGGUCAGUAUAUAUUAGGGAACCCGAUACAAUGUUGGACCCCAGCUGAAUUAAAAGAACAAUUUAUCCUUUAUACUCACUCAACGUGUUGGAUAUCCAACACUUAUUAUGUUCCUAUCUAUGAAGAAAUUCCGGAAGAUAUUUCCGAGAGGCAAGAAGCUGAAAUGACUUAUUAUCAAUGGGUACCAAUCAUUUUAUUGUUUCAAGCCUUUUUGUUUAAGAUUCCAAACAUUACUUGGAGACUUUUAAAUGGAUACUCAGGUAUAAGAAUGGAUAAACUCACUGCCUUAGCAGAAGACACAGUGAUGUCACCACCAGACGACAGGGAAAAGAAAAUCAAGCUAAUGGCAAAAUACAUCGACUGCUGGAUAUUAACGCAACAGAAUUACAAACACAACCUUAUCGUUCAUCUCCGCCAUAAAAUUUCAAGCAUCUGCUGUUUUUGCUUUGGAAAACGUGAAGGUACUUUUUUGACUGGUUACUACCUGUUUAUAAAGUUUCUCUAUUGUGUAAAUGUGAUCGGACAAUUCUUUCUACUGAAUGAGUUUAUGGCAAUGGAUUAUAAUAACUUUGGGUUUGAGAUUAUCCAAUAUUAUAUCAAACAUGGUGAAUGGAGCGAGUCGCCGCGAUUUCCAAGGGUUACGUUGUGUGAUUUUAUUAUUCGACAGAUAACCAAUCAACAGAGAUAUACCGUACAAUGUGUUAUGCCGCUGAAUCUACUGAACGAGAAAAUAUUUGUGUUUCAGUGGUUCUGGCUGUUUAUACUAGCUACCCUGACGUGUCUGAAUUUUGUAUCGUGGAUAUAUUAUGUCAGUAGUCAAGAAAAUAACUUCUGGUAUAUCAAGAAACAUUUAAAGAUAUGCAAAGAGAUACAUUCUCGUAAUGAUUUACUAUUGGCAAGAUUGUUCACACAGGAACAUUUACGUGAUGAUGGAGUCUUCGUUUUACGGGUACUUGAAAAGAACUCCUCAACCUUUAUCACAUCAGAUUUAAUACUGAAUUUGUGGACAAUAUUCAGACAAAGACAUUAUGAAAAAGUAAAAAUGAUUACACAAACUGAAAAUGCUGACCUAGGUGUUGAUAUUGGAGAUUCAAUUUAAAUAUAUAUCAUGUAUAUGUAAGAAAUACAUGGAUAAAACAUUUAAAACUGUAUUUUAGGGCUGUUUUAUUUGAAAUAAAGUUAUGAAUGAA